AUAUUUUUCUCUUAAUGUACAAAUUAAUUAUAUAGAUAAUUUAAUGUGUAAAUUAAUAAUACCGAAAGGGCGGAAUUUCUUUUAUGACACAUCAUUGAAUUCAUUUCAAGAAUAAAUUGAUAACUUAGAGACUGCGGUAGCUACAGAAGAGGAAUGUGAAAAUUGAAUGGACAGCUAUAAUAAUUUCAAGAAUUAGACUUUAGAUAGAGACGCCGAUGAAAUUACAAGCUCGUCGGUCUAAUCCGUUAAUUAGACUUAUUAGACCGUAGUAGUUUGUCAUCGGUUUUUUUUUAAGUGAAAAACCUUGUAUGAAUAGACCAGCUUGGUGUUCAGUGUUGGAUGCUUGGAAUCUUUCGUAUGUUAACUGUAAUCAUAAGCCGCCGUUAAUCAAGUCCACGUAUGUGUUUCAGGUGAUUACUAACGGUCUCAAGUGCGACUCGGACGACGUCGACGGUUUGACAAACGGACGAAAAAUGGCACCGGUUCUGGGCGUGCCGCCUCCGCCACCACCAGCUCCUCACAUGGGACCAGACGGCCUGAUCUUGCCGAGGAAACCAUAUAACCCUUGCCUUAUCUCCACUAGUCAUAAGGAUCUUCACAGGGAGUUGCUCUUCAAUCAGAAAAUCGGCAGGAACGUCUUGAACCAGAAGAGCGAGCUGCAGCGUGCCCUGGAGAAGCAGAGGGAAGCCGCGUCGAGGAGGGAGGCCGAGAGGAUCCGUGAGGAGAGUUACAAGGACGAUCCCAGGACCGCCUUGCAAAGGGCGAUCGAGCAGAGAGCAAGACACAUUCAACUAACGCAGGAGCAAUCGCGGUCGACGACGGAGCCGCCGAGCAACCUCCUGAUAACGGCGAGGGCGAAGUUAAGGCCGCGCACUGAGUCGCAGUGAAGCCGGUGAAGAUCGAAGGUCGCGCAAACCCGCCCGACGUCGCGCUCACAUCACCCGGGUGAAGGAGAGGCGAUCCCGCUCGAACGGGCGGCUCCGCUAAUUUCACCCUCCGGCGCCUUAUCGAUCGCAAUCAGUGUACAUAAUAUGCAUACAACCCGAUAGGAUUUCCUUGGCACGAGGAUUAUUAGCGGCGUCAUUUGGCGCGUGGAGAGGCGCGCGUGUGUUUUAACAGGCGUUAAGGUCUUAAUAGGCGUUAAGAUAACAUGAUGAAACGUGUAGCGUAGCGCGCGCGCGCGCAAUUGGUCGCUUAUCGCGAGAGCAAGAUCGCCGGGGAAAUCUGUCUCCGUCUGAAAAAAAGGUAUUUAACGCGCCACGUCGCCGCGUCAAUCGUCCGCCGUAAAAUCAUUCCCAAACACCAAGCGCGAAGGACCACAACCAAACGACACGCGUCGUAUCUCUCGAAGAUUAGUCGCUAUCUUUAUGACGUGUCGAGUUUAGACGUCGUAAAUUACGGUGUCGUAUUGCGCGUAUUGCCGCGGAUCAACCGCGCGGGCCCUCAAGUGGUGAUUCUCGUGUGUAAACAUGCGUCUCGCAUAUCGGGUGUUCUCGUUGUACAAUACAAUCAGCAACCAAUCACGUGUCUUCGUAUAAUAGUAGAUCAGCGUGUGCCGAGCUUAGCCAUAGAUAUAUAGAUUUGCCGAUUUGUGUAUCCAAUUGAAAAUCGCCCUAUUAAUGAGGAUGUGUCUCAUCGCAUGUGCGCGUUAACUGUUAAAUUAAAUUUAAUUCAAUUUGAUUAAAGUUAUAUUUAUAGUUAGAGUUCUUAAAAGAGAUUAGUGCAGAUAAUUUCAGACGAAAAUAUUAUGGUGUGAAAUACGCGAUUGACACACAAACGUGGAUACUUUCUUAUCAAUAUGGCGGCAUUCAAUUAGAGAUAAGUAGGUCUGUUUUUUUUUUAUAGCUGAACUGGCUACACUAAUUCAGAAUUUAUCUUUCUUCUUCCAAUGUAGAAAGAGAAAGAUAAAUUGCGAACUAGUGCAGCAGUUCAGCUAUAGAAAACAGACCUAAAGAAUACUAUGGUGGAAGAUAGAACAUCAGCAAUCUAUCUAUAUAUCUAUUAGCGCUUGACGACCAAUUAGUACGUCGACGCGACAACGUGAUUAUGUUACGGGCAAUUAUCGGGUAAAUGCGAUAAUGCAGUUGUAUCGCACGUAUAUGAAUGUCGACUCGGAUGUAAUAACCGGCGUAUUUUUUCUUACGGAGAACGGAGGAGACUUCUCCGUCGCGAGGGCAUCGGCGACGCGAUAAGUGCACACACAGUAGGACAGAUCGACAAUAGAUAGUAGCGGUAGACGGCGAGAUAAUGCGAAAGAAUUUAUUCGUGGACGACGUUUGUCGGGCGUUACUCGAACGGGAGACACUCGUCUCCGCUCCGAGCCUUUGAUCUUAAGCGAUACUUAACAUUCUCUUUAAUUUGGGAAUAUAUACAAAAUUAUGUCGCCAAAAUCGUCGACGGCGAGUACUUGCCAAGGGUCGCUCUCGAAACAUAGGGCAGCGAUAAUAAAAUCUAACGUUUCGUUACAAGCAAAAUGACACUGUUUUGCGUCGUUUAGGGUUAAUCGCUGGAGCACGAAUCGCGAACGCCCGGGUAUCCGCGUCUCCGGACGUGGAGUCUCUUCGUGCCGAAGGCGACGAUCCCUUCCCCCGCCUCUAGGAAGUCACGACGGUGUUUUCCACGAUCUUCGACGCAACUUCGGGCACGGAGAAAGAGUGUAUUUUGUACGAAGCUUAGAUCGCUGACGGUGGCAUUAUUUCGUUCUCGUUUUCGGUUCAACACACGGAAUAAAUAAACCUGUUUACAGUAAACACAUAAGAAUUCGCGAUUCCGGGAAAAUAUAUGCGACGUGAAAAUCGCACGAUUCACCGUUAAAGUUCCCGAUUUGUCGCGGUGGCUUCUGAUGCCGUGAUUCAGCGCAACUGUAUCAACGGGAACAUUUCCAGAUUUGCUUAUGCGAAUUAAAAUUACAUCGUUGAAUGGAAGUGAUGCCAUCUGAAAGUGAAAGUAGUUUCCGCUCGGAGACGAGAGACGAAUAAAGUCAGGACCUCCGUGGGACCAUGUGUUCUUGUACUUCUCAUUACACGGCAGUGAGAGAAAAAUCCGACGUCUGCCUUGCAUAGUAACAAUUAUUAUUAAUCGUAUUUAAGUAUCGAAUCGACGUUAAUAUUAAACUAUAUUUCUCAUGGCU